AUGACCCCUGUCCUCAGGGCCCUGCUCUGCCUCGGGCUGAGUGUGGGCCUCAGGAGCCCAGUGCAGGCAGGGACCCUCCCCAAACCCUCCCUCUGGGCUGAGCCAGGCUCUGUGAUCCCCUGGGGGAGCUCCGUGACCAUCUGGUGUCAGGGGACCCUGCAGGUUCAGGAGUACCAUCUGGAUAAGGAGGGAAGCCCAGCACCCUGGGACGUACAGAAGCCACUGGAGCCCAGGGACAAGGCCAAGUUCUCCAUCCCAUACAUAACACUGGCCUAUGCAGGGAUAUAUCGCUGUUACUAUCUCAGCCUUGCUGGCUGGUCAGAGCGCAGUGACUCCCUGGAGCUGGUGGUGACAGGAUCCUUCAGCAAACCCAGCCUCUCAGCCCUGCCUGGCCCGGUCGUUACCUCAGGAGGGAACGUGACCCUCCAGUGCAGCUCAGGGGAGGGGUUUGGCAGGUUCCUUCUGACUAAGAAAGGAGAUCACAGGCUAUCGUGGGCCCUGGACUCACAGCCACAGCUCAGUGGGCAGUCCCAGGCCCUGUUCCCAGUGAGCCCUGUGACCUCCAGCCACAGGGGUACGUUCAGAUGCUAUGGCUGCUACAGGAACAUACCCCAGGUGUGUUCACACCCCAGUGACCCCCUGGAGCUGCUGGUCCUAGGUCCCAAAUGGAACGUGGACAUCCUGAUCGGGGUCUCGGUGGCCCUGGUCCUGCUGCUCUCCCUCCUCCUAUUCUUCCUCCUCCGGCACCGAUGUCAGAGCAAAGGCAGGACGUCGGCUCCGGUCCAGCUGUGGACACCCAGGAAGAGUACUUCUCAGAUGAUUCUAUGA